AUGGGGAGCACCCUGGGCUGCCACCGCUCCAUCCCCAGGGACCCCUCGGACCUGUCCCACAGCCGAAAGUUCAGCGCAGCCUGCAACUUCAGCAACAUCCUGGUGAAUCAGGAGCGACUCAACAUCAACACUGCCACGGAGGAGGAGCUGAUGACCCUGCCUGGGGUGACGCGUGCUGUGGCACGCAGCAUCGUGGAGUACCGAGAGUACAUCGGGGGCUUCAAGAAGGUGGAGGACCUCGCGCUGGUCAGUGGCGUGGGCGCCACGAAGCUGGAGCAGGUCAAGUUUGAGAUCUGCGUGAGCAGCAAGGGCAACUCUGCACAGCACUCUCCCAGCUCCCUGCGGCGGGACCUGCUGGUGGAGCAGCAGCCUCACCACCUGGCCACCGUACCCCUCACCCCACGUGUCAACAUCAACACGGCCACGCCGGCUCAGCUCUUGAGCGUGCGCGGCCUCACCGAGAAGAUGGCCCUUGGCAUCGUGGACUACCGCCGGGAGCACGGUCCCUUUCGCAGCGUGGAGGACCUGGUGAGGAUGGAUGGUAUCAAUGCUGCCUUCCUGGACAGGAUACGGCACCAGGUGUUUGCAGAGCGGUCCAGGCCCCCGUCCACCCACACCAACGGGGGCCUGACGUUCACUGCCAAGCCUCACCCCAGCCCCACCUCACUGAGCCUGCAGAGUGAGGACCUCGACCUGCCGCCAGGGGGGCCCACGCAGAUUAUCUCCACUAGGCCAUCGGUGGAGGCCUUUGGAGGCACCAGAGAUGGGCGCCCCGUGCUGAGGCUGGCCACCUGGAACUUGCAGGGCUGCUCGGUGGAGAAGGCCAACAACCCGGGGGUGCGUGAGGUGGUGUGCAUGACGCUCCUGGAAAACAGCAUCAAGCUUCUAGCUGUGCAAGAACUACUGGAUAAAGAGGCCCUGGAAAAGUUCUGUGCGGAGCUAAACCAGCCGAUCCUGCCCAACAUGCGCAGGUGGAAGGGGCCCCGGGGAUGUUGGAAGGCCCUUGUUGCCGAGAAGCCCUCCAGUCAGCUCCAGAAGGGAGCCGGGUACUCGGGAUUCCUGUGGGACACAGCGGCCGGCGUGGAGCUGAGAGAUGCCACCUCGCAGGAGAGCUCGCCCAGCAAUGGGCACGGGAGGCCCACGGGCCCCAGCCCACACCUGGCGUGGUUCAAGGUGGGAAGUAAUGACUUGACCAUUGUUAACCUUCACCUGGCAGCACUGACCCUCCCAGGGGGAGAGAAUCCAAGCAAGAAUCACGGUGACGGCCACCGGAUGGUGAGCUUCGUCCAGACCCUGCAGGAAACCCUGAAAGGAGAAAAAGAUGUGAUUAUUUUAGGGGAUUUUGGCCAAGGGCCAGAGAGCAGCGACUGUGAUAUCCUGAGGAAAGAAAAAUUCAGCCCGCUGAUCCCUGCACACACCUUCACCAACAUCAGCACCAGGAACCCUCAAGGCUCGAAGUGUCUGGACAACAUCUGGAUCAGUAAAAGCUUAAAGAAGGUUUUCACAGGUCACUGGGCUGUAGUGAGAGAAGGUCUCACGAACCCUUGGAUUCCAGACAACUGGUCCUGGGGCGGAGUGGCCUCCGAGCACUGCCCCGUGCUAGCCGAGUUUUACUGUGAAAAGGACUGGAGCAAGAAGGAAGCGCCCCGGAAUGGCAGCAAUGGCAGCAGGGUCUCCUUGGAGCGAAGUGAAGCCCACACUAGGCACGAGCGAUGA